AUGAAGGGCAAACAAGUGGUACGUCAACCAGAUGCGCAAUUCAGCUCUAAGAAAUUGGGCGGUCCCAGCUUGAUCGUGGAGGUCGCGUGGACACAAUCACCCAAGAAUCUACAAAAGUUGGCACAUGACUAUAUCUUGGGCACUAAUGAGGAGGUCCGCACAGUGAUUGGCGUCGACGUGAACACCUCUCGUGGAAAGGGCGCGAGAGUAUCGGUUUGGAGACCUGUGUAUGACAAGGACAAAAAUGCCGUUGGCGUUGGUUGUGACUCUACGGAGAUUCGCAGCAAAGAUGGAGUCAAAAACCCCGAUCCGAAAGCUGGACUGCGCUUGACCCUCGAAGAUUUUGCGUAUGAUCGGAAUCCAGGACAGUACCCCUUCCUCAAUUCCACCAACGUCUUCAUUCCCCUCGACGAUCUCGUCUCGAUGCUGGAAGAGUCGGAGGAGGCUCAGGAAGACUUCAAAGCCGAACAGCCUCGCAGAACUAGUGGAUGA